CAACAAUCCAUCUGACAUCUUGUGUUAAGUGUGAACAGAAAGUCAGAAUAUGAACUCAUACUAUGGUCAAGAUAUUAGAGGUGAAGGUAGAAAGUGUGUGUGAGCUGACGUGAAUUCAGCAGCAUGGAUCAGUGUGAGGACAGAGAGGAGAGAGUCCCUCCCUCUAAAACCACUCUGUGUGGGGAACAUGAGAGCCAGACCAAAGCUCAGAGGAACCAACCUGGACCUGAACCCAGCUGUGUGUCCUUAAAGAGUGAUGGAUCAAAAGCGAAUAUUUUAGAUUUUCAAAAAGCAGCAUCAAAUAAUGCAGAACCAGAUUUUUUUGGAGCUGAACCCAGCUGUGUGUCCUUAAAAAGUGACUCGUCAAUGUAUGUCCCUGUAGGUUUUAAGGAAGGACACCAUUCUGUUGCAGAAAGAGUGGACCAGGAAAGCUCAGAGGUUGCCAGAGAUCAGUCUGACCGGCAGAAUCACGCACAUCUGGACUCCAUAUUUAGGCUGCUGGAGGAAAACAUUGUUAAUUUUGUAAAGAAUGAGCUGAAGAAGAUUCUGAACAUUCUGGGUCCAGAUUACCCAGAAUGCUUAGAGAGUCAUGGGGAGGAUGAAGAGUUGUUGGAGGCUGAGAAUGAAAAGCAGAUGAACAGCAGCAGAGAAGCAUUUGUGACGCUCACUCUGCACUUCCUGAGGAUGAUGAAGCAAGCGGAGCUGGCUGAUCAUCUGGAGAGCAAAAUUCCCAGCAUAUGCCGGAAUAAACUUAAAUGUGCUUUAAAGAAGAAGGUCCAGUGUGUGUUUGAGGGGAUCGCUAAAGCAGGAAACCCAACACUUCUGAAUCAGAUCUACACAGAGCUCUACAUCACAGAGGGAGGGACUGCAGAGGUCAAUGAACAUGAGGUCAGACAGAUUGAAACAGCAUUCAGGAAACCAGACAGACCAGAAACAACAAUCAGACAAGAAGACAUCUUUAAUGCCUCACCUGGAAGAGAUGAACCAAUAAGAACAGUGCUGACAAAAGGAGUGGCUGGCAUUGGGAAAACAGUCUUAACACAGAAGUUCACUCUGGACUGGGCUGAAGGCAAAGCCAAUCAGGACAUCCAGUUCAUAUUUCCAUUCACUUUCAGAGAGCUGAAUGUACUGAAAGAGAAAAAGUUCAGCUUGGUGGAACUUGUUCAUCACUUCUUUAUUGAAACCAAACAAGCAGGAAUCUGCAGCUUUGAAGAGUUUAAAGUUGUGUUCAUCUUUGAUGGUCUGGAUGAGUGUCGACUUCCUCUGGACUUCCGCAAAACUAGAAUCCUAACUGAUCCUAGAAAGUCCACCUCAGUGGAUGUGCUGUUGAUUAACCUCAUCAAGGGGAAACUGCUUCCUUCUUCUCGCCUCUGGAUAACCACACGACCUGCAGCAGCCAGUCAGAUCCCUGCUGAGUGUAUUGACAUGGUGACAGAGGUCAGAGGGUUCACUGACCCACAGAAGGAGGAGUACUUCAGGAAGAGAUUCAGUGAUAAGAAACUAGCUAGCAAAAUAAUCUCCCACAUCGAGACAUCACGAAGCCUCCACAUCAUGUGCCACAUCCCAAUCUUCUGCUGGAUCACUACUACAGUUCUGGAGGAUGUUCUAAAAACCACAGAGGGAGGAGAGCUGCCCAAGACCCUGACUGAGAUGUACAUCCACUUCCUGGUGGUUCAGGCCAAAGUGAAGAAGGUCAAGUAUGACGAAGGAGUUGAGACAGAUCCACACUGGAAUCCAGAGAGCAGGCAGAUGAUUGAGUCUCUGGGAAAACUAGCUAUUGAUCAGCUGCAGAAAGGAAACCUGAUCUUCUAUGAAUCAGAUCUGACAGAGUGUGGCAUCGAUAUCACAGCAGCCUCAGUGUACUCAGGAGUGUUCACACAGAUCUUUAAAGAGGAGAGAGGACUGUACCAGGACAAGGUGUUCUGCUUUGUCCAUCUGAGUGUUCAGGAGUUUCUGGCUGCUCUUCAUGUCCAUCUGACCUUCAUCAAUUCUGGAGUCAAUCUGCUGGAAGAACAACAAAAAAACACCCAGACAGAGAAUCACUUCUAUCAGUGCGCUGUGACCAAGGCCUUGCAAAGCACAAAAGGACACCUGGAUUUAUUUCUGUGUUUCCUCCUGGGUCUUUCAGUGCAGACAAAUCAGAAUCUCCUACAAGGUUUCCUGAAACAGAUAAGAAUUAGUCCCCAGACAAAUCAGGAAACAAUUAAUUACAUCAAGAAGAAGCUCAGUGAGAGUCUGUCUGCAGAGCAAACGAUUAACCUGUUCCACUGUUUACAUGAACUGAAUGAUCGUUCUCUAGUGGAGGAGAUCCAAAGGUCCCUGAAUUCAGGAAGUCUCUCUACAAAUGAAUUGUCUCCUGCUCAAUGGUCAGCUCUGGUUUUUAUCCUACUGUCAUCUGAUGACCUGGAAGUGUUUGACCUGAAGAAAUACUCUGCUUCAGAGGAUGCUCUUUUGAGGCUGCUGCCCGUCGUCAAAGCUUCUGAAAAAGCUCUACUUAGUGGCUGCAACCUCUCAGAGAGAAGCUGUAAAGCUCUUUGCUCAGUACUCAGCUCCCAGUCCUCUAGUCUGAUAGAUCUGGACCUGAGUAACAAUGACUUGAAGGAUUCAGGAAUGGAAGUGCUGUGCCGAGGACUGGAAUCGCCACACUGUGAACUGGAAACACUCCGCCUGUCAGGAUGUAUGAUCACAGAAGAAGGUUGCUCUUUGCUGACAAAAGCUCUGAGCUCCCCUUCCUCACGUCUUAAAGAGCUGAACCUGAGCUACAAUCAUCCUGGAGAUGCAGGAGUGACUCUGCUUGAGAAAUUGAGUCAGGAAACUCUCAGGGUCAUUCUGGAGCCUGCUGGAGAACAAUGGUUGAGACCAGGUCUGAGGAAGUAGAGACGCUGCAGACAGAGAAACAGUCCAUCCUGGUCCUCCUGUUACUCACAAC